GGCAACACAAGAAAUUGCAAGUCAAAUUGGCACAGUAAAAAAUUGUUAGAUUCCGUUACAUGGCUAGUACAUAACAAAAUUAUUUGCAAGGUGUAUAAACUUUCUAAAUUUGUUGCGCGCGCAUAAAUAGAUGCGUGUUUUAGACGGCGCUAAAGCGUAUCGUCUUUUAUUUAGCUGCAGUAAACGGUACGCUUCCAGCGCGAACAGGGUGUCGUCGAAGAUGGCUGGUACGGACAUCAAGUUUAGUCCAACGUUGACGCGGAGCGAUCCCCAGCAGAAGCCGGUGCUCAUCAUUGGCCAACUGCGCCACCUGAAUCUGCUCAAGUUCGAGCAGCUCGCCUGUAAAUUGGAGCCACGUGUCUCGGAGGAGACAUUCAAGAACGCUAUUUCAUGUCUUCAUCCCGCACCCACGGAUAAAUGUUCCCUUUACUUGGAUGUGGCGUCAGUGGCGGCUUUGCCUCUGAAAGCCUCGCGCCACAACACCGCAUCGCGUGCCCAUGCCAUAACACGUCUGAUCAAGAAUCACGUGUUGAACGUAAAUGAGGAGCAUGUGGUGCUCGUAUGCGAGCGUGAGAAUAUCUUUGCCAGCGCGUGUGCGGUGGCACGUGCCUUUCCACUGUACUCCCGCAAAACGGGCAACGGAUUCUCAACAAGUCCAACCAACGAUGGCGGCGAUGCUGGCUCCCACAGAAAGUGCUUGAUCAAUAUUGAGUUUGUCAUCAUUGAUAAGGAUGGCGGCGUGGAGUGCGCCACGCUCAAUGAAGAGGAGAUCAACUGCUUGCAGGUGACAACGCGUGCCAUACGCCUGACGGCUCGCAUUGUGGACACUCCGUGUAACGAGAUGAACGUCGACCACUUUGUGCAGACGGUGCAGGAGCUGAGCAAAGAGCUAUGCAUAGUACCGCAGGUGAUACGUGGCGAGGAGUUGCGUGAGCGCGGUUUUGGCGGCAUUUAUGGUGUGGGCAAGGCGGCGGCUGUGCCGCCUGCACUUGUGGUUUUAUCGCACGAGCCCAAGGGCGCUCAGGAGACCAUUGCGCUUGUGGGCAAAGGCAUUGUCUAUGACACUGGCGGCCUGAGCAUCAAGGGUAAGACUGCUAUGCCGGGCAUGAAGCGGGAUUGUGGCGGAGCCGCCGCCAUUCUGGGCGCAUUCUAUGCAGCUGUCAAAUGUGGCUUUAAGGACAAUCUGCACGCAGUAUUUUGCCUCGCCGAGAAUUCGGUGGGACCCAAUGCUACCCGUCCCGACGACAUACACACACUCUACUCUGGUCGCACUGUUGAGAUCAACAACACGGAUGCAGAGGGUCGACUCGUGCUGGCCGAUGGUGUUUGCUACGCCAACAAGGAUCUGAAGGCCAAUAUUAUACUCGACAUGGCCACGCUAACAGGCGCACAGGGCGUUGCAACGGGCAAAUAUCAUGGCGCCAUACUGACUAACUCGGAGGAAUGGGAGGCCAAGUCAUUGCAGGCCGGACGCAAAUCCGGAGAUUUAUUGGCGCCCAUAAUUUACUGCCCCGAAUUGCAUUUCUCGGAAUUUGCAUCGGCAAUCGCAGAUAUGAAAAACUCCGUCUCGGAUCGCCAAAAUGCUCAAUCCUCGUGCGCCGGACUGUUUGUGGCGGCCCAUUUGGGAUUUGACUAUCACGGUGUUUGGAUGCAUGUCGACAUGGCCACGCCCGUUCACAACGGUGAACGAGCCACGGGCUAUGGCGUAGCCUUGCUGCUCACACUUUUUGGCAAUCACACAAACUGCGCGCUUCUGCAAUCCAUUGCGCCCACUGACGAGGAGCCGCCAUCGAAGCGCUUGUGUCGCGAUUAGGGCAACCAGGAUGCGUUACUUACACUCUGCGCCAUAUAUAUACAUACAUAUAUACGUAUUUCAGGAAUUAUUAUUUGCAUUUCGAAUGAAGUUUCAAGCGUCAAGGCCAAGGAGCCAACUGAAUUAAUUAUAUACUAUAGAGAUACAAUAAAAUAAAAUUGGCAAAGUGAAA